CUGACGUUGUACGUGUUUUUUUUUGUUAAUUUAUUGUUAAUCCAGACGGAAUUACUAAAAAAUAAAUUAAUUAUACAAUGAGCAGGAACGAGGAUACGCCGAUUGCCAAAAGAAACUCAGAUCGGACGCACCGGAGUAACUAUGGCACAGCUCCUUCCUUCCACCUGCUGGAGCAGGGCCAGGGCCGGGCAGGCGAGACUGGAGGCGCUGGCAAUGGCAACAACAAUCACCCGGCAACGCCCUCAACACCUGCACAAAUUUUUUGUUUACACGGACGCUCCAACAACAUUGAAGUGCGAGAUCAUUGCCAUCGGGCCCGAAGCGAAGGCGUGGACAUCAAGGCACGACGGAAGUUGAUCAUAGCCAGCAUAUUGUGUCUGGUUUUUAUGAUUGCUGAAAUUGUGGGUGGCGUCCUAUCGAACAGUCUGGCCAUCGCAACAGACGCCGCACAUUUGCUCACCGAUUUCGCCAGUUUUAUGAUCUCGUUGUUUGCCAUUUGGAUUGCCGGACGCCCAUCUACGCAGCGGAUGUCCUUCGGCUGGUACCGCGCAGAGGUCAUCGGAGCCAUGGCCUCUGUCUUCAUGAUCUGGGUCAUCACUGGAAUCCUCGUCUGGCUGGCCAUCGGACGCCUCAUUAGCGGCGACUACGAAGUGGAUGCCAAGAUCAUGCUGAUCACAUCGGGUCUGGCCAUAUUGGUUAAUGUCAUAAUGGGCGUCCAGCUGCAGCACGGGCACUCGCAUGGCCUGGGCGGAGGACAUGGUCACAGCCAUGGUGCACCCUCGAAGAAGUCCAAAAAGCUAAAGCAGAUGCCGCCCCACGUCCAUGCCACAUCCACGCCCUGCUCCGCCUCGCCCACGCAACGCAUUGAGGGCGGAGUGACCUUUGCCCCUGAGGAUGCCGAGCUGCCGGGCAGCGGACUGCCGACCUACUCCUACCAGAACGCCAAGCUGGUCGAUCCUAGUCUGGACUUGGAAAUCGCCGCCGUUCUGGCCGAGACUGCACCCGGUGCCCAUCAUCAUGGAGGAUCCGCCGGCCGCGAAGCCGUCAACAUGAAUGUCCGGGCCGCUCUCAUUCACGUGAUUGGCGAUGUCAUCCAGAGUGUGGGAGUGUUUGUCGCCGCUGGCGUGAUAUACUUCUGGCCGGAGUAUGCCAUCGUUGAUCCCAUCUGCACGUUUGUCUUCUCCAUCAUUGUGCUCUUUACCACAUUUACGAUCAUGAAGGAUGCCCUACUGGUGCUGAUGGAGGGUACCCCCAACUACAUGCACUACGCGGAGGUCCUGCAGAUUUUCCAAGGCAUCGAGGGCGUUGAGCGGGUGCACAAUUUGCGCAUCUGGGCGCUGAGCAUUAAUAAAGUGGCGCUAUCUGCGCAUUUGGCCAUUGCUGCCAAUGCAAAUCCAAAGCAGAUCCUGGAUGCAGCCACUUCGGCGGUUCAUUUGCGCUACAACUUUUUUGAGACGACCAUCCAGAUCGAGGACUAUACCGCCCAAAUGGAGAGCUGCCUGCAGUGCAACGUACCCGAAAAGUGACCCCAUAUUGGACAAGAAGCAAGUUCUCGUUCAACUCCAAAGUAUAUUCAACGAUAUAUAUUAAAUAUUUUGUGUUACCGAGAUAUACGUACAUACAUAUAUAAAAUGUAAUGAGUAAUCAAAUUCUCGACGACCACAAAUCAGCCACAAAGUACCAUAAUAAAAUUUGAUUUGAUUUUUUUCUUAA